UGUGGUGAGAAACAGUUUCCCCAUUUACUCAAGCCAUGCCCUUAAAGUCUUAUCAGUGAGAAGUUGCACAAGAGAACAACAGCAGAAUCUAAUGACACUCUUUUCUCAGAACAGAAGAUUGUCUCAGUUGGGACAGACAUCUGAUGGCUGGUCAGAUGUGAUAAAUCUGUAGGAAUAGCAGCGGGAGAUUGACAAUGGGAAGCGCUCAGGCAAGACAAAGAACCCCAGAGGAUUUCAGACAAACUACUACUAAUGAAGACUUUCCACCGAGAGUGCAUGAGAAUGACACAGCAGUAGUGUUGGAUAACUACCCUCCUCCUGAUAUCUGCGAGCCCAUAUUUCGAAUGGGAGACUGGCUGAAAAUAGUGUCUGAGGAAGGGUAUUGGUGGAAGGUCUACUCAGUCAACACGAAGGAAGUGAACUAUAUACCGCACUGUCAUGCCACAAAAGUCUACCAUGGCUGGCUGUUUGAAAGUGUGACCAGACCAAAAGCUGAGGAACUGCUUCGACUCCCAGGGAACCGAGUGGGGUCGUUCAUGAUUAGAGAGAGCACAAAAGGUAUGUACAGCUUGUCUGUACGCCACAGAACUAUUAAGCAUUAUCAGAUAGUUCGAAUGCCAAACAACUGGUAUUUCAUCUCUCCACGCCUCACAUUUCAGUGUCUGGAAGAUCUGGUCAACCACUACUCUGAUAUAGCAGACGGCCUGUGCUGUGUUCUUACCGGCCCGUGCUUGGCCGUCUGUGAAACACACCUGAGUGAGCGCAAGAAAUCGACUGGGAGAAAAUUAUCCUUUGACUGGAGAGCAGUGAACAGCUCCGAGCUCAUCCCGCAGAGUACAAGCCCUUCGGCGGUCAGCUAUGGAGUCCAGAACAGUGUCUCUUCCUAUCUGUCUUUACUGGGAGAGCAGGAAAAGCCAGAGAGAAAGAAAUUUAGUUUGAAGAAGAAGAGGUGGAGGUCUGUCUACACAUUGCCGAACCACCAGCUUGAAAAUUUGGCCAUUGUGGAGGACAACUAUGAGGAGGUGCAUUGAUAGAUCACAGCUAAUUCAUUUGUGGAACUCAAAAGCUGAUAUCUAAAGGCACUGUUGUUUGGGAAUCCUAAAGGGACUGAAUUUUUGGUCAGAAAGAUAUUUUCUUACUCAAGGUUAGGCUUAUGAAUGAGUGUUUUAAGAUGCUUGUGUAACCAUGAUUCAUUAUUUUUGGACUAGAGUAAACAGAUUUUACUGUAAAUGAGACCUCAAACAUUAGUCUUGUUACACAAAACAGUGGUGUUAUAUAACCGGCAGUGGGAGCUCAGAGUUCUGUUCUUACCAUUAGUAAAGCUCGGCGGAAGAGUGAUGAAGCUGAUGGCGAGGUGAGAUGAAGGCUCGCAAUGUCGGCUCCGUUUCUCUCUGCCCCUAUUGUGACUUUAUUGGGGUCUCCUCCAAACAAAGCAAUGUUUUUCUGAACCCAACCCAGAGCAGCUGCCUGGUCUUGCAAGCCGUAAUUCCCCGGCAGAGCACUGGAACCUACACAGAGUGAACAGACUUCAAUUCAUGAGGCACAUUUUGUAUCUCCAAAUGUAUUUUCCACACUAUCACUCCAGAAGAUUUGCAGUAGAUUACUGAGAAAUUACCUUCACACUAUAAUCAGCAUGCGAGAGUCUAUUCAUUAUAGAGACGAUUAAAACAAUAAUAAUCAUUUUUUAAAUGUUUACUCAAAUCUUCAAAGCUCCACACGGGUUUAGCUGGGAAAUUCAAGGAAGCCAAUCAGGCCUCUGCACAGCUUUCACUGUGUUGUUUUUGGCUGGACAGUGAAAGCUCAUCCUGGCAGACUACUCAAAGGCACCCAUUAGGCCCCCUUUUCAAACGUACUCAUCCAACGGUGGCAAAGGGGAAAAGAAUCUGAAUAUUUUCACAACCACCGUGUGGAAUGGAACUUCUCACAUGGACCUUACGUAACUAUAUUCCAUAACCAUAUUCCAUUGCAUUUUUUGGAAUUCCAUUUUAUGGAAGAAAUUAUCUAAUUUGUGCAAUACGUCAUUCUGUUCUAAAAGAGCUUCCAAGGCACUGUUUAAUUCCAGUGUAGGAUAUACAUUAAACUGUCUCAAUAACAGAGAUUCUUUCCUUAAAACAUUUUGAAGAGUUUUCAGCAUAAAGUGCUAAGGGAGCCUUUCUAUGUUUUGUUGCAUUACAAUAAAAAAAUCAAAUAAAAAUAUUUUUGUUGGCA